UUUUUGUACAUAUUUCCUGUCUUUGUUUUUAAUUUUUAAAAGUUUAUUUAAAAUUUUUAAUACAUUGUUUUCAGCAAUGGCUACACCAAGUAUUCGACCAAAUCCAAACUUCAACUCGCAACAAACGGCAGAGUUACUACGCAAAGCUAUGAAGGGUUUUGGAUGUGAUAAGGGCAAAAUUAUUCAAGCAAUUGUUAAUUGUAGUAAUGUACAAAGACAGGAGGUUUCUCUUUCCUUUAAACAAAUGUACGGCAAGGAUUUGAUAAAAGAGUUAAAAAGUGAACUUUCUGGCGAUUUUGAAGACCUCAUAAUGGCGUUAAUGAGUCAUCCAGCCUAUUAUGAUGCCGCUCAGUUAAGGAGGGCUAUGGAGGGCCUUGGCACAAAAGAGCAUAUCCUGAUUGAGAUAAUGACUACACGUACUAACGCACAAAUCAUACAACUUCGCUCUGCCUAUGCGCAACUUUAUUGUAGUGAUUUAGAACGUGAUAUGAUUGGAGAAACUUCUGGUUACUUUAAGCGUAUGCUUGUUGCUUUGUGUACUGGUGCUCGUGAUGAAUCCAUGAUUACUGAUUCUUUAAGGGCAAAUCAGGAUGCCAAUAAACUUUAUCGUGCUGGUGAAGCUCGCCUUGGAACGGACGAGUCUGCAUUUAUUGCCAUUCUUUCAGCACAAAAUUAUAAUCAACUACGUCUGAUAUUUAAUGAAUACCAAAAAGUAAGCGGUCACCCGAUCGAACAAGCCAUUACUGCUGAAUUUAGUGGUGAUAUACGCGAUGGACUGUUAGCAAUUAUUAAAAGUAUUAAAAACCGUCCUGCCUACUUUGCUGAGUUGCUCUAUAAUUCAAUGAAAGGAUUUGGAACUAGAGAUACUGAUUUGAUUCGUCUAGUUGUUACUCGCUCUGAGAUAGACAUGGCUGAUAUUCGUUCAGCAUAUCAACAACUUUAUGGUACAUUAUUGGAACAAGCUAUUGCAUCUGACUGUUCGGGGGCUUACAAAGAUGGACUUAUUGCUAUUGUUAAAGGCUUCUACCACUGA